AUGGCUCUGCGAACUGUUUUUGACAAAUGUGAGCUGGCAGAAUUUGCAGCACUAGGGAGCUAUUGUGAGUAUGAUAUGUUCGGCAUUGAGACUUCCGUGUAUUCCUGCAAUUUGAAUGUGGACAUGCCCAGUGAUGCUCAGAGAAUUCAGAACAUUCAGUUCCUGAUAGAUCAAGGAUUUGAGGACAAAAUUGUUAUUGCUCAUGACGUACAUACCAAACACAGGCUGAUGAAGUAUGGAGGACAUGGCUACUCUCACAUCCUAAUCAAUGUGGUCCCCCAAAUGUUAAACAGAGGAAUUUCCCAGGCCACCAUUGAUAGAAUUCUGAUAGAGAAUCCAAAGAAGUGGCUUACAAUGAAAAUGUAGAUUUUAUGAAAUGCAUGAAGACUUUGAUAAAUUAAUGGACAUGAGAAUGACGGAAUUUUUUUUUUACUAAUCACUUUGUUCUCCAUGACUAAUUGGCAUUUGUUGGGCUACUGUAAUUACUUUAUACCUUGACUACGGGUUACUUAGAUAUAUCCUCAAUACAGAGGUGGAUGUGACCGAUCAACAGGGGAUGAUUACUCCUCCUAUAGGCACCUGAUCUCAUCUCAGGUGUUUCUAGGGAUCUGUGAUUUUGCUCUGUCCACAAUUUGAAUUGUAUACAGGAUUUAUUGUAUUGUUUUUUUUAUCUUAAUCUUUUUCACGUAUCAAGUAAAUAGCUGUACUACCAUUUAUAUACUGAGUAUAUUUAUACAAUAGAUUGCAUUGAAUGUUAAGAAUUGCCAUUUUAUACAUGUAUUUCAAUCAUUCAUUUUGUGUGCGAAAUGUUUUGCCACAUGGGUGAUGUUUUUGAAAUAAAAUAUUUGAUCAUCA